UUCUUAACGAAUCUGAAGAAAAUUUUAAUGAUUUUAAAAAUACACUAACUUGAUUACAAUAAUUAUUUCACAUUUAUUUUAAGAAAUUUUCUAUAUUUGAAAACAAUGUCAAAAAAGGUCUUUGACUUAUUUCAACAACUUUUUACCUACUAACUGUAACCGCAUCAAUGACCACGAUAUUCUAAUCGUAAAUACUCUUUUUUCAGAACCAUGGCUUUUAAACUGUUAGUAAUAGGUUUGAUACAGAUGGCAGUAGCGUCUCAGGCUGCAACUCUACAGGACCUUAUGGUGGCAGACGAUACUAUGUCUCUAGGCUCAUAUAUCAGGCCUGCUAGGUCACCUGCGCCGGAAGAUUAUCAUAAAUCUUACGAGAACGAAGGAGAUGGUGAAAUCGGGUACUCGAGAAAGAAAACCGGAGGUGGCAAAAAGGGUUACCAGCAUUUUGACUCUUAUCACAAGAAGGCUGGAGACAAUUUCGAGUUUCAGAAACAGGAUUCCUUUGGACAUGACGACGACGGUCAUGCAGGAGCUCACAGCCACCAAAACGAGAAGAAAGUUGAAGCUUAUCGUGAACCAGAAAGUGACGAAGAAGAACGUGAACCAGAACGUGACGAAGAAGAACGUGAACACCGGGGAAACCCAAAGAAAAAAGAUCACGAGGAGUUAAGAGAAGGUCCUAGUAAUGAAGAAGUGGAUGUUGCCGGAUAUGACAAGGCAGAUUACAGUUUACCAGAAAAGUAUACUUAUGGUACGGGAGAGGAAUAUAACUUUAAGUAACUGUAUUUUAUUGCAUAUAUGUGUGUUCCAAAGUAACAUGAAAGUUGAAAUGGGAAAUGUAAUGAACCCACCAUUAUUUUUACA